CAUCUUUCAAUUACAGAGUAUUUAUUGGUUUAGAGACAAAAAUGUGUUAUGACCAUUUCAAUGAACACAGGGUCUGAAGGGGUUAACGGAGGACAGACAGGCAGCAGGUGGGGAGUCAUGCAGCCUGAUGAGCAGCAGACACUUCGGGCUGAGCCGGAGAGAAGAAACAAGCAACGACUACUCAUCUGUUCCUGCAGCGGCACUAACUGCUCUAAUCUCUGGAUACGGACAGCUUUCAGGGAGGGACCCCACGGACAUGCUUCCUCCGUCUGCCUCCGCCGGUAAACGGGAUACCGGUGAAUAACACUCGCAGUCAAUCGCCGGAUAAAUGACUUGAGAAACUCUCGUCGAAGUCAGCGGACAGAGAAAGCGGCUGUAUGGGAGAUGAAUGUGACCGGGAAACAGCAACCUGAGCUGAUCGAGCGACCCGCCAGCCUCCUGGUUCCCACUUCGACAAAAUCUGGAAUUGCUUUGCUGUACAAUGAGGAGACCAACAAUACCUAUGAUGUCUGCCUGAAAUUGACCAAAGAGGUAUUAACCAUACAGAAGCUGGAUGUGGUUUGCACAAGUGGAAGUGAAACCCAAGCAAAUCACAGAGCUGUUGUACUGCGAAGACAAGCGACUGGCGGUCUGGGCUUAAGCAUCAAAGGAGGUGCAGAGCACAACGUGCCAGUGGUUAUUUCAAAGAUUUUUAAAGAUCAAGUAGCUGAUCAGACGGGGAAGCUGUUCGUCGGGGACGCUGUGCUGCAGGUCAAUGGCAUAAAUGUAGAACACUGUACUCAUGAAGAAGUUGUUCACCUCUUGCGUACUGCAGGAGAUGAGGUCACCAUCACAGUCCGCUACCUGCGAGAAGUUCCAUCAUUUCUCAAACUGCCUCUAGGUUCUCCGGGGCUGGAUCACAGCCGGGUAUCCUCCCCGCUGUUUGACAGUGGCUUACAUUUAAAUGGAAACGGAAACAACACAACUCCAUCGCCCCCUUCGCCCUCAGCUAAUGAACCAAAGUAUGAGAAGCGCUGGCUGGAUGCCGUCUGCCUGCCCUUGUUAAUGGCCAGAGUCUCCAGAUACAAAGCUGGCACAGAUAAAUUAAGGUGCAACUGUUUUGAAGUCUUUGCCUUGGAUGAAGCCAGCACCAAUAUUCUUCAAUUUUUCACUGCAGCAGAAAGCACAGACUGGCUUCAAGCAAUAUCUACAAAUAUCAAUGACUUGACGCAGGAGAACAUAAAGAUAGUGAACAAAUACUGCUCUUCGGAUGAUCAGAUCGUUCACAUGGGCUGGGCAUGUGAAAGCCCUGAGGACAGCACUGCUGGUCGAACUUCAGUAUUCAAGUUCCUGGCACUGAGAGGACCAUAUUUUCAUAUCUUCAGAAGUCCCCCGAUCAGUGCCACUGACUGGGGACAAGCUGAAACAACAUAUAACCUCUAUGAGGUUCUUUUCAAGGUUCACAAGCUGUGGAUGGCGGAAGACUGCUGGCUCCAGGCGAGGCUUUACUUGGGGCUAGAGCAUUCACUUGAGCAGCAGGACAAUGAGUCUCUGUGCUUCAGUAUUCUUGUCGGCCACGGCCAGAGCCACACCUUCAGAUUAGAGCUGGCCAGUGACCUGGCGAUCUGGGAGAAGUCCUUCCAAAGAGCUGUCUUUUUGGAAGUGCAGCGAAUACGAUCUAAAAGCUACAUGUGCAGCAGCCAGGGGAAUGUACUGUGCUUCACCGUAGAUUUUGGAUCAGGUUUCACCUGCUCAGAAGGCACUUCAAAGACCGUACUGUGGCGAUAUAAGUUCUCUCAACUUAAAGGCUCCUCUGAUGAUGGGAAAACCAGGGUAAAACUCCUUUUCAAGAACACUGAGAGCAAACAAAUAGAAAUGAAGGAACUAGAAUUUGCUAAUCUGACAGCCGUCCUCCACUGUAUACAUUCUUUUAUCGCUGCCAAAGUGGCCUCCAUGGACCCUCUCUUUAUGUGCAGUCAAAGCUUCCCUGGAAAUUACAUGAACAGUUAAGAAGACGCGUCCUCAUCUUGAUGUGCACCUGGGGCGAAUCAGCAUUGUUUUAUGCACAUAGCCAAUUGAUAUGUAUAUCCUGUUCUUGCUAUUUUUGUAUGAACUACUGAAAAAGACAUAUUUGUAAAUGACUGUAGAGGUAGAUAAUGUAUAAAUACCUGAUGGAAAGAUAAUGUUAUUUCAUUUUUGGACAAGUAGAGAUAACAAAGUUGGAAAAGAUUUACAGUUCUUCCGUUUCUUUAAGAUUUUUUCUUUCAUUUCAUUAUGGACAGAGAUUUAAGGUAGCACAUGGUGUGUAGCCCUGUGACAGACUGGCGACCUGUCCAGGGUGUCCCCUGCCUUCACCCGAGUCAGCUGAGAUAGGCUCCAGCACCCCCAUGACCCUAAUGAGGAUAAAGCGGUGUAUAGAGAAUGGAUGGAUGGAUGGAUGGAUGGAUGGACAUGGUGUGUAACUGCCAGACAUACGACAUCAUAUCACCAAAUAUAACAACAGAGACUGUGUUUAUCAAAAAAAUCCAUAAAGAAUUUAGACUCUGCCAAUAAAUGCAUUUUAACUGGUAAGAUGACUCUGAUGCUGGCUUCAUGUCAUGCUGUAAUUGACAUUUGCCACAGAUCUUCAGCAGGAAUUUUGUUUCCUUUACACUCACAGUUGAACAGUUUUGGCAUGUCUUUGAACAGAGUGAAAAUAACACAAACACUUACAACAUAAUGCAGACUAAUAAGCCUCCCAAAACCCACUGAACUGAGUCAUCCCCCCCCCCCCCCCCCCCCCCCCUCUGAUAUGGGCCCAGUUGAAAUAAACAUAAGCUUAUGCUUCACAAAAGCAGCAUUUGUGCCAGGCCUACUUUAUUGACUUGGAUUACGUUGUAAGUUGUUUGUGUUAUUGUGUUCAACUUUUGUAUCUAAUCAACGCAAAAGCGUUUUGUCUGGCUAACAAGGACAUUUCAGCUUCACAGUAUAAAAGACCAAUUUUAUCAAGUCUCAUUCUGUUACAGUGAAAAAGUACUGUAUGCCUUCUGUUUCUUUAUGUAAUGGUUUCAGUGUUCGAUUACAUAUUUGCUGUAUUUUCAAUAAACUGCUUCCGAAACAUUCCUGUCUGUUAUAAAAGAAAUGUAACAGUCUGCUGUAGACUUGUAUGCAUCUGUUUUUUAAGUGCACGGGUGGCACUGAAUAUAAGUUUUGCUUAACUAUCUCCUUCUUAUCACUGUUUUCAUAUCCCUGUCGGUGUUGAAUGCAAAACAUAAGUUGUCCUUAUUUUCCAGAAGACCUUUGCAGGCUGGAGGUCAUUUUGUUUUACUGGAUGAGUCAGUCAUUAUCUGGAACUAGAUGAGCUGAACUGCAGCACAGUACUCAUCCAGCGAAGUACUUAUACCGUCCAAGUGAUUCUAUCAUCCCACUUGCAUACCAUCAGCUAAAGGUUUAUUUUAAGGGACUAAUUCUGAAAAAUAAAUAUGCUUAAAAUUUU